AUGUUCCUCUUGAACGCAGAGAACUCUAAGAUGAAGUUCAUGAAAAUCGGGACAAAGCCUGACACUUUGUACACUCAAGAGUCUUCAAGGAUUUUGGUAACCGACACACCCAACGAUCUGGUCAUAAGAAUCAACAACACCACUUAUCAUCUCCACAGAUCUUGUCUUGUUCCAAAAUGUGGGCUGUUGCGAAGGCUUUGCACUGAUUCAGCAGAGGAGUCCGAUAGUGUUACUAUAGAGCUAAAUGACAUACCUGGAGGAGCCGAUGCGUUUGAGCUGUGUGCUAAGUUCUGCUACGACAUCACCAUCAACCUCUGCGCUCAUAACAUUGUGAAUGCCCUCUGCGCCUCCAAGUUUCUUAGGAUGUCUGAUUCUGUUGAGAAGGGAAAUCUGUUCCCAAAGCUUGAAUCAUUUUUCCACUCAUGCGUUCUCCAAGGCUGGAAGGACUCCAUCAUCACUUUGCAGACCACUGCCAAAUUGCCAGAAUGGUGUGAGAAUCUUGGAAUCAUCAGAAAGUGUAUAGACUCGACUGUGGAGAAGAUCCUCACUCCCACUGCAGAGGUCUCUUGGUCUCAUACAUACACCAGACCAGGCUACCAAAAGAAGCAUCACCACUCUGUUCCAAGAGACUGGUGGACGGAGGACAUAUCAGACCUUGACUUGGACUUAUUCCGCUGUGUCAUCACAGCAGCGAGGUCAACUUUCACGCUGCCGCCUCAGCUCAUCGGCGAAGCCUUGCACGUAUACACCUGCCGCUGGUUACCAUACUUCAAAUCAAAAAGCUCUUCAGGUUUCUCAGUUAAAGAAAACGAAGCAACACUGGAAAGACAUCGGCGUGUUGUUAACACGGUUGUGAAUAUGAUUCCUGCAGAUAAAGGGUCGGUUUCAGAGGGUUUUUUGCUGAGACUUGUUAGCAUAGCGAGUUAUGUGGGAGCUUCUCUCACCACAAAGACCGAGUUGAUUAGGAAAGCUGGCCUGCAACUAGAGGAGGCAACUCUUGCAGACCUCCUGUUGCCUUCACGCUCAUCCUCUCAUCUCCAUCGCUAUGAUACUGACUUGGUUGCUGCAGUUCUUGAGAGUUUUUUAAUGCUCUGGAGAAGACAGUCUUCUGCUCAUCAUUCUAGUACCAGUCAGUUGCUGCAUUCAAUUAGAAAGGUGUCAAAGCUUAUUGACUCCUAUCUCCAGGUAGUCGCAGAAGAUGUCAAUAUGUCAGUUUCCAAAUUCGUGUCUUUUGCAGAGGCAGUGCCGGACAUUGCUCGGGAGAGCCAUGACAGACUUUACAAAGCUAUCAACAUCUAUCUCAAGGUGCAUCCCGAGAUAAGCAAAGACGAGAAAAAACGACUAUGCAGAAGUCUUGACUGCCAGAAGCUGUCUGCAGAGGUACGUGCACACGCUGUGAAAAAUGAGAGGAUGCCAUUAAGAACGGUAGUCCAGGCCCUCUUCUUCGACCAAGAGAGCAGUUACAAGGGAACAUCAGGUCUAUUAGAGAGCCACGGUCUCGUCUCAAGAAGUAAAGAGACGUCCACAGGUGAACACAUCAUGAUGCACAAGCUUCAUCUAGGUCCAACUGAAGCAGCUUCUAUUAGGAGAACUAAUAGUGUACUUGAGGAAGGAAGCAAAAGAGGAGAAGACAGAAUCAGAUCCAGUACCCCCAAGAAGAUAGUGCGGGAAGGAAGAGGAUCAGAGCAUAAGCAUCAUAUAAGCAAAGACAGGUAG